GAGGGCGGCUCUGAACUCUCCCCCGCUCUUUCUCUCCUCUCCUCCAGCACCGGCACAGACCGCACCGUCGGGCCCCGGCGUGGGACGCGCCCGCGGCGAGGAGCUGCGGCCGGCAGCCCGUGCCCGCCUCGCCCAUGGCGCGGCCGCGGGACCCCGCGGAGCGCUGCUCCUGCCGCAACACCAACUGCGUGGAGCGGCCGCUGCGCCGGCUCUUCGAAGCGCUGGCGAGCGCCGUGGCCGCCUGGCCCUGGCCCUUCGUGCUGGUGCCGCUGCUGCUGUCGGGCGGGCUGGGCGCCGGCUUCCUCUUCCUACCGCAGCGGCAGGCGAACGACAUCGAGGGGCAGUUCACGCCGACGUGGGGGCCCGCCAAGGCCGAGCGCGACUUCGUGCGGCGGCGCUUCCCCACCAACGACACGGAGCGCUUCUCCGCCCCGCGGCUGCCCACCGAGGGCGCCUACGCCGCCCUCAUCGCUGUGGCGACGAACGGCACCUCGGUCCUGGAGCCGGCGGCGUGGGCAGAGGUGCUGCGGCUGAACGCGACCGUGCACGACGCCGAGUACGAGCGGCUCUGCGCCCGCACCGCCGGCGUCUGUGCCAGCCCCAACCCGCUGCUGUCGCGGCGGGGCGAUGCGGGACCGCCCGCCCCGGGGAGCCUCCGCUUCCCCGUCAACGACAGCGUCUUCCUGGGGGCCGCGCUGGGCGGCGUGGAGACGGACGGCGGGCGGGUGCUCAGGGCGAGGGCCCUGAAGCUGGUGUAUUACCUGCGGGAGGACGGCCCCGAGGCGCAGGACAGCCGGCAGUGGCUGGAGAGCUUCCUGCAGGGCAUCAGUUCCAAAGUGGCGGAGUUGCGCCUCGGCUCCGUUCAGGUGACUUAUUUUACCUCACUGUCCAGACAACAGGAGUUUGAAGGAAAUACCAAGAAUGUGAUCCCGCUCUUCUCCAUAACAUAUUUCCUGACAAUAACGUUUGCAAUCAUCUCUUGCCUAAGACUAAGCUGUAUAAGAAAUAAUAUCUGGCUUGCAAGCUGUGGAGUGCUUUCUUCUGGCUUAGCUGUAUUAAGCAGCUUUGGAUUGAUGCUCUUCUGUGGAGUGCCAUUUGUGGUCACUGUAGCAAAUGCACCAUUCCUGAUUCUGGGGGUUGGUGUUGAUGACAUGUUCAUCAUGAUUGCUUCCUGGGAACAAAGUUCAAGGAAAAAAGAGAAAUCCAGUGUUAAAUCUCUGCUGGCUGAAACUUACGCAGAAGCAGCACUUUCUGUGACCAUCACCACUCUGACAGAUGUUUUGGCCUUCUUCAUUGGCACCUGGACUGCUUUUCCGUCCGUGAGGUCUUUUUGCCUCUAUACAGGGACAGCUUUUGUCUUCUGCUAUGUAUACACCAUGACCUUCUUUGGGGCAAUUCUGGUAUUAAAUCACAAAAGGGAGCAAGGGAACCGGCACUGGCUGACUUGUAUGCAUGUGGAUGUAGGUAAAGAUCAGGCUGAGAACUCCUGCUUGUACAAUGCUUGCUGUAUUGGCAGCUGUUCUAGGCAGCCAUCUCAGCCAGAAGGUGAGCAUCCAAUGAGCAUAUUCUUUAAAAAGUAUUAUGGCCCUUUUGUUACAAAUAAAUGGGUCAAGGUGCUCAUGGUGUUGCUCUACGGAGCAUAUUUGGGUGGCAGCGUUUAUGGGUGUACUCAGAUCAGGGAAGGCAUCGAUCUCCGAAAUCUGGCAAAUGAUGCCUCCUAUGUUAUUCCAUACUAUGAUGAUGAUGACAAAUACUUCUCCACAUAUGGACCCAGGGUCAUGGUUGUCAUUACUGAGAGUGUAGAUUACUGGAAUGAGUCGGUGCGUCUUGGCAUUGAGAGCUGCACAGAGAAUUUAGAGAAUAUUUCCUAUGUAGAUAAGAAUCUCUCAGAGUCAUGGCUGAGAGUAUACACAGUACUUGCCAAAAGGAGUUUGAUAAAUAUAAACAGUAAGACUGACUUCUUAAGUGACUUAACUAUACUGUUCAGAAUUGUUCCCAGUUUUGAGUGGGACAUAAACAAGACUCAGGAUGAAAUAGAGGCUUCACGUUUCUUCAUCCAGACAGUGAAUGUGACAUCAGCCGUGGAUGAGAAGAAUCUCCUCAAUCAGUUAAGAGAGGCAGCCAAGCAGUGCAGCAUUCCACUGAAGGUGUAUCACCCAGCCUUCAUCUACUACGACCAGUACCUGGUGAUAGUGCAGAACACUGUUCAGAACGUUGUCGUUGCUGCCGGGGCCAUGCUCGUUGUCUCCCUUCUGCUCAUUCCCAACCCGCUGUGCUGCUUGUGGGUGACCUUUGCUAUAGCCUCUGUUAUAGUUGGCGUUGCUGGUUUCAUGACGUUCUGGAACGUCAACCUCGAUUCCAUAUCCAUGAUCAACCUGGUCAUUUGCAUUGGGUUUUCAGUAGAUUUUUCUGCUCAUAUUUCCUAUGCCUUUGUUACGAGUGGAGAGCCAUCAGCCAAUAAAAGGGCAGUUGAAGCUCUGUCCCUGCUAGGUUACCCAGUUCUGCAAGGUGCAGUUUCUACAAUACUGGGUGUAGUUGUCCUGGCUGCAGCGAAUACCUACAUCUUUAGGACAUUCUUCAAGAUCAUGUUCCUUGUUAUUUUGUUUGGGGCUCUUCAUGGUCUUGUUUUUAUUCCAGUGUUUUUAACAUUUUUUGGAAACUUUGGCAGUUCACCUCACAAUACCAUGUCUAAAAGGUUAGAGCAUAGGUUUAGAAACGAUAAAGACUGUCCAUAAAUUAUUUAAAUUAAAGAUUUUAUAUAUUUACUAUGUGGAGGCUCAAAUGCAGUGACUGUCAGGAAAUAUAAGACAUAAAAAGUAGAAGAAUAAAUACAUCCGAUCAAUAAAUGCUUCAGAAAAGCCAGGUAAGAAAAAUAACAACACACUGCACAGAAUGGAUUUGCAUUUUUUACCUUUGUGUAUGUUCAACUACCACCUUAUAUUACUACCUCGCUAAUUAUAUUUUUUGUGUGACUUUUUAGCUGAAUGUAUUACAAUUAUUACAAACACUGACCACUGCAUCAGGUGAAUGGACUAUGUUACAUGUUUGCAGGACACAGUCAUAGCAGAAAAGAGUAACUCUCAUUGGACUGUAUUUCCUCCUUGUUCGCCUUGAUGCUGUAACUCAUCCCAGCACUGAGCUGGAAGACAGUUUUUACCCAAGAGCCUCAAAUCUGGAUGUUUUACAGCAAAAUUACAAGAGAUCAGAACUGUCCCAGACUGCAAUAACUCAUAAGCCUUCAGGAGACAAAAUGUGCUUAGGUUCCUAAUGCAGCACGAAAAAACCUUGGGAAAGACUCACCCCAAGCUGACUCCCAUUUUCUGUUCAAAAUCUUUUCUUGGUGUUCUGUUUUCUAGGUAACGUUGAACAUCUGGUACCCUUAAAAACUUUGUGUGUAGCUUCUGUUGGCUGCAGUUUGCAAAGUUUAUUGAACUUGUGUGGACCUCCUGAGUAACCACCUUGGGAGAUGACGUGGUAUGACAGGGCAGGGAUUCGCUAGAGACAAUCACAGCCUGAUUAGAGACAGAGUGAAAAAGAAACCCAAGUUUAUGCAGAUCAGUCCUAAAACUGUAAACCCAUACAUUCCAUUAUGCUCAUCAGUGACAACCCAUCUUGGGAUGCAUCGAUAGAGAAGAGGAGCUUUCACUUAGUAGCUAAGAAUAUAUGAGGUGAUCUUCUGACCUAUGGGGAAAAGGCAGUAGGUGAAAUUCAGUUCAUAGUUUGUUGCCAACAUGAUGAUAGACCCAUUGGAAAUAAAAUAAAUGAUGGUAACCAGUGUUUGUAAUUCUGGAAAAAUUGGUGUAGAACUUACUAAAUAAUUCGGUCCAAAUCUGCUGCUGUGGUGCGUUUCUUCUGAGAGUCUGAGCAAGUGUGACAAAGCCAGGGACUGCCUCUGUUCCUUGUGGAUAUCUGGCCAGUUUCAUGAGACCCAGUAAACAGGGCAAGAUCCUUCUCACUCAUAGAGUCCUAGAAUAUUUUGAGUUGGAAGGGACAUUUGUGUUGAUUUGGCACAGCCUUUUUUUGGUAGCAGGGGAGGGCCACAGAAGUUGCUUCUGUGAGAAGCUACUAGAAGCUUCCACUAUGUCUGACAGAGCCCAUCUCUGAUGGCUCUGAAGAUAGACAUGCUGCUAGCCUAAAUAGAGAGGUUGGUAAUGCCUCUGUGAUUACAUUUUUAAGAAGAAAACCAAAACAGUGCACAUGCAGUUUUUUUCCAGGAUGGCAAGGCGCUGCCACCAGGGCCAUCCUGGCAGCGUGAGGUGAUGUGCUGCAGCUGCCGCCAUCUUGGCACGGCCCACAGCAAGCCUUGCCUGCCUAGCCACCCCUAGCGAGCCAUGCCAAAGACAGAAGGGCACGGGCAGCUGCCACAGCUUCCCCUUCCUGCUGCCCCACAUGAAGAGAGGCAUUAAAUAGCACCAGCACCAUAGCAGCCAUCAUUGCCCACUCAGUGGCGGCAGGGCCACGUGGCCGGCAGCAAAAGUAUGAUGACAACUCCUGGCAAGGAACUUAGACAAGAUCGACCUCUUGGCACUGUGGGAUCCUGCAGGAAUCUUUCAAUUGGUGGAACUUGUUGGCAGUGGUACCUAUGGGCAACAGCUUUUCUUCUAGUCAGAGAAGAGGAGGAGGUGAGGACAUGUGAGGGGAAACAACAUGGUGGCACCAAGGUCAGUGGAAAAAGGGGAGGAGAUGCUCCAAAUGUUGGAGCUGAGAUUCCUCUACGGGCCAUGGUGAGGACCAUGGUGAAGCAGGCUAUCCCCCUGCAGACCAUGAGUUCCACAGGGGAUGCAGAGAUCUACUUGCAGCCUGUGGCAGAAGUACUAAUGCCAGAGUGGAUGGAUACUGGAGAAAGGUGUGAUGAAGUGGGAGACCCAAAUGGAGAGAGAGUGCCCCGGCUUCCAGAGAUCAAGAAAGACAACCUUUGCUUCCAAACUAGAGCAACCUAUCCUUAGAGGACUCCACCCCGUGGACAAGUGACCCACGCCACAGCAGUUUUGGAAAGACCAGUGGGAAGGACUUACAUUGCAGCAGU